CUUUUCCUCCAAAUAUCACUACAUUCCCAUCUUAAUAAGAACCACCACCAUGUCUCUGUCUCUGGCAACUUCAUUCAGAACCCCUUCACUAAUAGCAUCUCUGCUUUUGCUUCUCCUGGCUUCCCAUUUCCCACAUAGAUCAGAGGGGAAGGAGGACGAUGAAUGGGAAAACUUCAAAGAAUGGUGCAUAGCAGAUGAGCAGACCCCAGCUGACGAGCUGCAGAGGGCAAUGGAGUGGGCGUGUGGGAAAGGAGGUGGAGAUUGCUCCAAGAUACAAAAGGGCCAGCCUUGUUACUUCCCUGACUCCAUCAAGGACCGUGCCUCUUUUGCCUUCAACAGCUACUACCAGAUGUUCAAGCGAAAGGGUGCUACCUGUUACUUCAAUUCUGCUGCCAUGGUCACUGAUCUUGAUCCAAGUCAAGGUUCAUGCAAGUUUGAGUAUCUGCCUUGACUGCUUCGCUUCCUUAAGGCCGUAUUUUGCUAAUAGAGUUUUCAUCAAAUUUGCGGAGAUACUAAAUUGAAAUGGGUUGUCUGAAAUGUGCCUAUAUAUGUUUGAUUCCUUAUAAUUCCUUGGAGGCUUCAUUAUAUGACAAUGAUGAGCCUCAUGAAAAAAAAGAGAGCUUGAUUUUAAGCAAUUCCUUGAU